AAGAUUAAAGCAGAAAUUAGAUGUUGUUUUUCAGAGCUCUUUGCAAGGGUACCAGACGCGAAUUGCACCUAGCCAGCAGUUGCAGUUGCGGCAAUUCUAUUUACUUCUAAAUGAUGCUUCCCAUGGCCAAAAACUCACUACGUCAUCUUCAAGAUCGAACCAUGCAGCAAACAAUAGCGAGGCAGAGCCACCAGAAACGUGCACCUGAUUUCCAUGACAAAUAUGGUAAUGCUGUAUUAGCUAGUGGAGCUACAGUCUGUGUUGCUGUAUGGACAGGUACAGCAACACAAAUUGGAACAGAAUGGAACCUGUCCCCUAUGGGCAGAUAA